AGAGAGAGAGAGAGAGAGAGAGAAUGGGGGUGCCUUCUUUCUUCCGUUGGCUGGUUAACAAGUAUCCCAAAGUGGUGGUCAAGGCCAUUGUCGACCAGAGAGAUGAGUCCACAAGCUCACCAAACCCAAAUGGCAUGGAGUUUGAUAACCUUUAUCUUGACAUGAAUGGGAUUAUCCAUCCCUGCUUUCACCCGGAAUCAGAUGAAGAUGGAGUGCAACCAACUAGUUUUGAAGAGGUGUUCAUCAAUAUUUUUGAAUAUAUUGACACACUUUUCAACAUUGUUCGACCGAGGAAGCUUUUAUACAUGGCCAUAGAUGGAGUCGCUCCAAGGGCUAAAAUGAAUCAACAACGUGCCAGGCGUUUCAAGUCUGCCAAGGACAAGGAAUUAGCUGAUGCUGAAGAAGAGAAGCUGAGAAGACAGUUUGAAUUGGAAGGCAAACAAGUGUUACCAAAAAAGGAAAACGAAGUCUUAGAUUCAAAUAUAAUCACCCCUGGAACUGAUUUUAUGUACAAAUUGUCGAAUGCUCUUCGCAGCUAUAUUAGUUUACGUUUGAACAAUGAUUCAGGCUGGAGGGACAUCAAGGUGAUUCUUUCUGAUGCCAAUGUUCCUGGAGAAGGGGAACACAAAAUAAUGUCUUUCAUACGCCAGCAGCGUAAUUUUUCUUCGUAUGAUCCAAACACCCGCCAUUGCUUGUAUGGAUUG